GCCUCUGGCCCUGAUUAAACGCUGGAAUGUUUGGAUAUGCUCGUCAUAUCCGUCAUAUGCUCUUUCAGGAAGUUAUGAAUUGAACACAUUACACACAAACUUUAUUUCCCCGCGGCAUCUGUCUGGUUCACAUAUGCUGCCGAAGAUUAUUCCCAUAACUAAUAAUCAGAAUGGGACUUCAGCUAUCAAUGACAGAGUUCUGCACUUUGAAGCAAAGCUGAGUGUGUGUCAAGGUGAAGUUUGACGAGAUGCGGCUCUACGGUCUCCUGCUACUUUCUCUUUACUUCUGGACGUCUCAUUCAGUGUUUAAAAUACCUUUAAAAAUAUUUACUGGGAACUUCAACGCGUCUGCACAGCUGGACCUCAGGCCUUUGAGACAGGAUGAAGGCGCCGUUGAGAGCGGACUGUCCCUGGCAUCAGAUCCGGCGGGGAUUGUCAACUUUCUGGACAUGAUCAAUAAUUUAAAAGGAGACUCUGGCAGGGGGUAUUACAUGCAGAUGGUCAUUGGGACUCCUGGACAAACGCUGAACAUCCUGGUUGAUACUGGAAGCAGCAACUUUGCUGUAGCUGCAGCAGCACAUCCCUACAUCACACACUACUAUAACAGAGCACUUUCCAGUACAUAUCAGAGCACUGGGAGAGGAGUUGCAGUAAAAUACACACAGGGAGAAUGGGAGGGAGAACUGGGAACUGACCACAUCACCAUUCCUCAAGGGCCCAGUGGUACCAUCACCAUCAACAUAGCCGCAAUCCUCACCUCAGAAGGCUUCUUCCUGCCUGGAAUCAAUUGGCAGGGAAUUCUUGGACUUGCAUAUCCUCUACUGGCUCGGCCCGACCCAUCCGUGGAACCCUUCUUUAACUCUGUUGUGCGGCAGACUGGCAUUCCAGAUGUGUUUUCUCUCCAGAUGUGUGGAGCAGGGGUCUCUGCCAGCACUACAGCUGACCCAGCGGGCGGAAGCCUGAUCAUGGGAGGAGUUGAACCAACCUUGUACCGGGGUUCAGUUUGGUACACACCGGUCCUGGAAGAGUGGUACUAUCAAGUGGAAAUCUUGAAGCUUGAAGUUGGAGACCAAAAUUUAAACCUAGAUUGCAAAGAGUACAACUCAGAUAAAGCCAUUGUGGAUAGCGGGACGACUCUACUACGACUUCCUGGAAAUGUGUUUAGUGCUGUGGUGGAGGCUAUUAUGCAAACAUCAAUGAUCGAGGAUUUCUCUGCUGGAUUUUUUGACGGCACUAAGCUUGCAUGUUGGAUGAGAGGAGAAUCACCAUUGAGGCUUUUUCCGAAACUCUCAAUCUACCUCAGAGCAACGAACACCAGCCAGUCCUUCCGCAUCACCAUCCUUCCACAGCUGUACGUCCAGCCAGUCACAGAUAUCGACGGCACAUUGGACUGUUUCCGUUUCGGAAUCUCCCCUUCAGCCAACGGAUUAGUCAUUGGAGCCACUGUGAUGGAGGGCUUCUAUGUCAUCUUUGACCGUGCACAAAAGAGGGUGGGCUUUGCUGUUAGCACAUGUGCAGAAAACGGCGGUGUACCAUUUGCAGAGAUUGCAGGGCCUUUCCCAGCUGAGGGCGUAGCGUCAGACUGCACAAGCGGCGUGUCUCUUAGGGAACCUAUGAUGUGGGUGAUCGCAUACGGUCUGAUGGUCAUAUGUGCAGUGGUUCUGAUCAUACUCCUCAUCCUGCUCAUACUGCCCUGCCGAUGCCACAGAGAUGGCGAGAUUACGGACGAGUCCUCGCUGGUGCGGCAUCGCAUCAAGUGACGUCAGGCGUUGGUGGAAGACGAGGAGACACCAACUCAGCAAAACAGGGCUGAAGGGAACUCAGGGCAGGUAACAGGAGUGAACACACUGCACUGAAAUUUGCCCAAGAUCACAGAUUCCUGUUUGUCUGGGUGGAAGAUGCCGGGAUUUGAACAUUUCUUGACACUUGUGUACAUUUACGGUAGAUUGAACUUUUCAAGCAGGACAAAACUACUGAAGGAUGAAGGAAUCAUGAUUAUUAAUGUGACUUUUAUAGUAUUAUUAUAAAUAAAAGUGCCAAAAUGAGUAUCAAGAAAGAGUGGAGCAUCAGCACUACCCUAUACUUCACUUUAAAGUAUGCUGCUCUUUUUUAUUCUUAGUCUUCAAUAUAAUUGUGUCAAUAAAGCUACUGUAAAUCAGCGAUGGUCUCUCAGGGGCCUAAAUGAGAUUCAAAUUCACAUCUAGAGGCUUUCUUGUCCUUUUAGAUGCAGUACUUUGAAAGGAACAAAUCACCCAAAAAUAAAAUUUGUCAUAUACUCACCUUGAUUCAAUGUUGAUUCAAACCUGUAUAAUGAAGAUGUUUGGCAGAAAGUUAUGCUGCUGUUUUACGUACAAUGAAAGUAAAUGGGGAGGGAAGCUGUUGAGGUCAAAAAUAAAAAACACGCUAUUGUAAUUGCUUCAGAAGACUUGUUAUGCAGCACACAAGCUGUAUGGACUAUGUUUAUAAUCCUUUUUGUAGUUUUCUGCUGUGGCCUGUAUUCAGGAGCUUUCACAGAAAAUGAACAACACACAAUUAAAUAAUAAUAAACCUGUUCCUUGUACGGAGUUCAGCGUGCCGCCAUUAAAAGUUCACUCAGAAUGUCUGUAUGUCAUAUAUAUAGUAUACUGAGUACAUUUUUCCUUCAUGUUUGGUAUUAGUGUCUGACGACGUCCUUCUCAUACCAGCAGAGCAGAUUAUAAUACAGAUUUAAAACAGGGAAAGUCUUCUUUGAUUUGAGGGUUGUGCCUUGUGUAAAAACUACCCUUGAUUAAAAAUUAUCUUUUGCCCUAGAUAAGCUGUGACCCCUGAGGGUCAUGGGAUUGUGUUUAGUUAAAAUUUAAUUUAGUUAUUAAUUCCCUCAGAUUGAAGAUUUCUUUCAUUUCUGAUCAGGAUAUUUAAGAAAGACUGGUAAAAGAAGAUUAGCCCAAGCUUUACUCACCCUCAAGCCAUCCUAGGUGUAUAUAACUUUCUUCUUAAUGACGAACACAAUCAUAGUUAUAUUAAUAAAUAUCCUGACGCAUCUGAGCUUUAUAAUGGCAGUGAGUGGGAUCAACAAGUAUGAGCUGAAGAAAGUGCUUCCAUCCACAUCCACAUCCAUCAUAAACGUACUCCACACGGCUCCGGGGGGUUAAUAAAGGCCUUCUGUAGUGAAGUGAUGUGUUUGUGUAAGAAAAAUAUCCAUAUUUAACAAGUUAUGAAGUAAAAUAUCGAGCUUCCACCAGACCGCCUUCCGUAUUCAACUUCGAAAAGCUUACGCUACAUCCUACAGCUUCCCUAUUCAACUUACAGAAAAAACUUAACUGACACAACAUAAGUUAUACUUCGUAAGUUUAAUAUGGAAGGCGGUCUCGCGGAAGCUAGAUAUUUUACUUCAUAACUUGUUAAAUAUGGAGAUAUAUAUAUAUAUAUAUAUAUAUAUAUAUAUAUAUAUAUAUUAUUAUUAUUAUUUUUUUUUUUUUUUUACACAAACGCAUUGUUUCGCUUCAAAAGGGCUUUAUUAACCCCCCGGAGCCGUGUGGAAUAUGUUUAUGAUGGAUGGAUGUGGAUGGAGACACUUUCUUCAGCUCAUACUUGUUGGUAUCACUCACUGCCAUUAUAAAGCUCAGAUGCGUCAGAAUAUUUAUUAAAAUAACUCAGAUUGUGUUCAUCAGAAAGAAGAAAGUCAUAUACACCUAGGAUGGGUUGAGGGUGAGUAAAGCUUGGGCUAAUUUUCAUUUGAAAGUAAACUAAUCCUUUCACAUGUGUUGUGUUUUUGUUGUCUGGUAUGCUUCUUUGACUUAUUUUUAUGCUCUGUGCAUUGAUUAUGGAUUGAUCUUUUUUUUUUUUAAUUCUUUAAUUUACAUGUGCAGUCCCACACCUGGUAAAUAAAUUGUUAGACUGGAA